UGCUUGCUAGUGUCUUACAGGCCGCUAGCUCGUCGGCCGCCCGCGAAAGACCUUUAGACGCUGCUUUAGACGCUGCAAGCGCGCGUUCUAAACUCACUGGAUCUAUCCUCUCCCGCGCACCAUCCGUUUUGUGCCGCGGCCCACCGCUAGGAGACCAGCAGUCGCUGCCCAUCACCUCUGAAGAGAUGAUGAAGCGCGGCGCAUUAAUCGCAACACUGCUGGCCAGAGCCGCGGCGGAUUGUACGAUAGACGACACGACGCCCGUCACAAUAAUAGCGGGCGCCAGCCACGCCGGCGCCGACACGCUCCACGAUUCGUUACGAAAGGCCUUGGCCCUGCCGGACCGGAAGCGCAACGAGGUCCACCAUUUUAAUGAUGUAGCUUCUUAUGGGAAGGGCAACGACCAUUAUUGGCAGAGCUUGGGCUGCACCGGCCAAGUAAUGGUCGACGAAAGCCCGGGCUACCUCGCGCAUAGCGUCGCACUGUUGAGGGCCGCGUCCCAAGUUCCUAGAGCGCGCUGGGUCGUGUUACUGCGGGAGCCCGUGGAGCGCGCGCUGUCGCACUUCAUGCACCUGCCCCGGAAACAGGGCGGCGGCCAGGGCUCUCUGAAAGGUUUUAUGGAGGCCAUUGAGGAGGAACGGUCCUGCAUCGACGCGGCCUUGCACGCGCGCGCGGCCCACGGCCACGCCGACAUCACGCACGAGUCGGGAGACGCCCUCUACCCGCGCCUGGCGGCGAGGUAUGCUUUUGAGCACUGCGCGGAUCAUCUGCCAGGGGGCGGGCGCCAAGCUAGGGCUCAUGGGUCAGCACAUUUCGGCAAGGAGCACGGGCUGCUGUCCUUAUCUUUAUAUGCUCCUCAGCUUGAGCAUGCAGCUAGGAUGGCCUCGAAGAUGGACCUCGCGAGUCCCUUGGUCGUCGUCUCGUCCAAGGCGUUCCACGACGACGCCGCCGGCACCGUGUCUGCCAUUGUGGGAGCGUUGGGUUUAGGCUUAGGUAAAACGAGCAACGCGGCGCCGGCGUUCGUGGACCGGCGGACGGAGCUGGACGCGGCCGCGGUGGAGGCGCUUGACUUAUUAUUUGAGCAUCCGAACUGCGCGCUCGCCGCCGUCGUCAACAACCGGACGCUCGUGCCGCAUGCUAUUGGAUUGGAGCACGACGCGGCGUGGCUUCCCUUAGAUAUGAAGUGCAACGCGCACGGCAAGGCCGUGCACCCGCAGCCGCGCGUCGACCGCGAGGAGCUCUAGGUGUCCCUGAUUAAGUCUUUUUUACGUCA